CAACUUUGCUGUGGAUUUAUACGUAGUUUUCGUCUGGUUCAAACGCCUUAGCCAGCUGAGAUUGAUUUUGCCACUCAGUGUAAAUUUUCAGAAUUGAAAAUCAAACGUUAUAGUCAAAUUCUACUUUCGCUUAAUAAAUCUACAAGAUGAGCAGAUUCAGUAGAGGCUACCUCAGAGUCUUUUGCUUCCUCCUGUUGGUCCCGGCUUUUGUGAUCGGAGAUUGCACCUGUGAAAACGAAGAACAAGAUCGUAACAAAUCUGAGGCACUUAAAUAUAAAGCAGCUGCCAUAGCUGCAAUAUUGGUGGCUGGUGCAAUUGGGGUCUGCCUUCCAAUUCUGGGAAAGUUCAUCCCAGCUUUGAAUCCUGAAAAGAAUAUAUUUUUCAUAAUCAAAGCAUUUGCUGCAGGUGUAAUUUUGUCAACUGGGUUCAUUCAUGUUCUUCCUGAUGCUUUCGAGAGCUUGACAUCCCCUUGUCUCAAUGAGAAUCCAUGGGGAAAGUUUCCUUUCACUGGUUUUGUGGCCAUGGUUUCUGCCAUUGGGACUUUGAUGGUUGAUGCUUUUGCGACUUCUUAUUAUACCAAGUCUCAUGGACAAGUCAGAAAUAUAGCUGGAGAUGAGGAGAAAACAGAAGAAGAUGGAGGAUUUCAUACUCAUGCAACUCAUGAUCAUUCUCAUUGUUCAGGUUUGAUUGAGAAUUCUGCUUCACCUGAACUCCUUCGCCAUCGAGUUAUUUCUCAGGUUUUGGAGUUGGGAAUUGUGGUUCACUCUGUGAUAAUAGGAAUCUCUUUAGGUGCUUCUCAAAGUCCUAAAACAAUAAGGCCUCUAGUAGCUGCGCUCACCUUUCAUCAGUUCUUUGAGGGUAUGGGACUUGGUGGUUGCAUUUGUCAGGCAAAAUUUAAGGGAAGAGUUAUGGCGAUUAUGGCACUUUUCUUCUCUCUGACAACACCAAUUGGGAUUGGGAUUGGUAUUGGGAUAUCAAACGCGUACAAUGAAAACAGCCCAACUGCCCUAAUUGUUGAAGGGAUUUUUAAUUCAGCCUCAGCUGGAAUUUUAAUUUACAUGGCAUUGGUGGAUCUUCUUGCUGCUGAUUUCAUGAAUCCCAAAGUACAGGUCAAUGGAAAACUUCAAAUUGGAGUUAAUCUUUCUCUUCUUCUUGGAGCAGGCUUGAUGUCUCUCUUAGCCAAAUGGGCUUAAAUUCACACACCCUCUCUCUUUCUCUCUUCUAUGUCCUUCUCUGCCAAUACUCCUAGUGUACUGUGGAGAUCAAGAAGCGGAGAAAUAUGUUUCUAAGUUUGUGGAAAUUAAUGGAAAUUAGGACCAACCCUCCUCUGUGCA